UUAGCAGGCUAGCAGCCCCAAUCUCUCGCGGGUCUCGCCAUCUCUCUUUGUGUGUCUCGCUCUAUCUUCUUCUCCAUCUCUCUGUUCAGCCCCAAUCACCACAGUGAAGUCCAGCCCCUCUUCUUCCGCUGCCCUCUCUCCUCCCCUUCUCUCCACGACCAGCUGCUCCCUUCCUGUCCACGACGGACCCACCGCCGCUCCCUUCCCUCUCCCUCCUCUGCAGCUUUCCUCUCAUCGCCGCCGCCGACAAGUACCGGCACGUAAGCGCCUACGCGGCAAGUACCGGCUCUGCUCACCGCAUCUCUUGCUUGCUCCGUCCACCUUAUCCGGCAAGCGCAGCGCCGGCUCGAGUCUUCCGAUCCAUCGUAGCACGUCUCUGCGGCCGCAAAUCAGGGAGACAAAGGGGGGACGAAAGGGAAAAGGGGCGAUGGCCGCCGCAUGCUCUUUCCGUUCCAUCGUCCGAGCUCCUCCGCUUCCGCGAUGUCCCUCGAGGAGAGCAGUGCGCUGCUGUAGCGCCACUCCUGGCGCCGCCUCCACCUCCAAGCUCGUCUUCGAGGUUAAGGAAAGGUUGGAAAAGGAGCAUCCGGGACUCCCGACGGGCAGAAGCGGGAGGGAUGAUGACGAGAUGAUUCUCUGGUUCUUGAAGGACAGGAAAUUCAACAUCGAUGAAGCCAUCUCAAAGCUGACCAAAGCCAUUAAAUGGCGUCAAGAUUUUCGUAUAUCAGAAUUAUCAGAAGAAUCGGUGAAAGGGUUGUACCAAACUGGCAAGGCAUAUGUGCAUGAUUCUUUUGACAUCUAUGACAGACCUGUGCUAGUAGUGGUGGCAGCCAAACAUUUCCCUUCUAAACAUGAUCCUGUUGAAAAUGAGAAGCUAUGUGCCUUUUUGGUCGAGAAGGCUUUAAAUAGACUCCCUGCGGGAAAAGAAAAUAUACUUGGAAUUUUCGAUCUUCGAGGCUUCCGUGUAGAAAAUGGCGAUCUCCAAUUCUUAAAGUUUUUGAUUGAUGUGUUCUACUAUUACUAUCCAAAGCGUCUUGGCCAAGUUCUUUUUGUGGAUGCACCAUUUGUGUUUCAACCAAUGUGGCAGCUUGUUAAACCUCUGUUGAAACAAUACGCCUCCCUGGUGAGAUUUUGUGAUGCGGAGACCGUGAGAAAAGAGUACUUCACAAAAGAAACUGUCCCUCCUGAUUUCCGCUGUUAGGUGUCAUGAAUACUUUUUGGUAUACCUGGUUUUGACACUCAAUGGCUGCUGGCUGGAUUCAGUGUAAGGUCAGUUCAGCUGAUUUCCCCUGAUUCUGCCGUACUUCCGUUGGUAUUUUUUCUUUAGCAGUAUAAAAAUCCAAGCACCGAACUGCUCAGAAUUAUGAAUAGUCCAUGUCAAGGGUGAUACAGAUUACAUAAUGCUAGCUACUAUUGCAACAGCGCAACUGUGGUGUCCGAGAGAACUAUAAUCUUCUUCGCUGUGUUCCUUUUGGGAUGUUAGAUGCUAGUUAAGAUCAGUCAAAGGAAGGCGGAGUUCAUGACCAUUUUGAGAUCCCUUGCUGGGGCAAGUGCUGGAUGGGAGAAGAAAGUUUUACCUGCAGGUGUUGAAGAACGAUUUGGAGAUCCGAUCCCAUCAUCAGACCGCUGCUUGUUGCAGUUUAUUUGGACAGCUGUCUUUCUAAGGUAUUUAAGUGUAAUUGGUUUGAGGAUGAUCAAUUCAAUAUAACUUGAUGGCUUUUAUUCUUAAUAGGAUGACCAGGAAUGUGUUUUUUCCUUUCAUUCUGACAUUCUGUUAUUAGAUUUUAGUUUAAAAAAGAUGACCACCACUCUGUGGAUUUCAGACGACAAAGUACUAUUCCCAGAUACUUCAAAUAAUUUUGUUUG